UUGCCAUUAUAUUCUCUUUUAGAAGGCCAGUCUCGCAUCCCGGUUUCCCUUCCUUCAGGAGGAAACACCGUCUCCUCCUCCACCUAUACCGUCGCUAAUUCAACUCCCACAAAAGUUUCCGCCUCUGCCACAACUACCAUUACCGCCACAACCCCUUCAAUCUUAAUCCCAACGCCUAACAACACAUGUGUUCCACCUAUCCUUCCCUCUAGAUCCACCCUCACUUCCCAAGAUGUUGUUUCGGUACCCCUGACAAAAGAUUCAGCAAUUAUUUCCUUCGAUAGCAGAGGCAUGCUCAGCAAGCGUUCCGGAUCUCCACCUCCAUCCAAUCAGUUGCUUGGACGAGAGGCAAAGGAUCUUGGUGUCGCCAAGCCGUUAAGUUUAUCCGAGCCAGUCAAUGAUAUACCUUCACGGACUUUGCAGAUUGACGUGGAUAUGAACAAAGUUGCCCAUGCACUUAACAGUCUGGCUACAGUUGCUAAUCAGUCCACCAAAGCUGGGAAUAAUGCAGUCUCCCUGCCAUCAGCUCCUCCACAAUUUGGAGUCUUUUCAGUCAGAAUAGAAGAAUUGUCUGAGGUAAUUUUUUUUUCUAAAAUUGAGAAUUAG